GCGGAAGCUGCCCUCCCCAAGGGCUUGGGCAACCCAGAGCGAAAGGAAACUACCCCAGAGGCCGAUGGCUGCUGGGACUCCCAGAGCUGGCUGCCGCCUCCAGCCCACAGUCCUUCUCAACAUGCAGUUUCUGGAAGCUGAGGAGUGUCUGAUGGAUGAAGAGGAUGAUAUUUUUGGUGACGGACUGCCAACCAGACUGCCAGAAAUCAUGUUAGUAGGACCCCAGUCCUUCUCGCCUGGAGGGCCCAAUGGGAUCAUCCGAAGCCAGUCCUUCGCAGGUUUCAGCGGUCUGCAGGAGCGGCGAUCCAGGUGUAACUCCUUCAUUGAAAAUGCUACUGCUCUCAAGAAGCCUCAGGCCAAGCUGAAGAAAAUGCACAAUUUAGGACACAAAAAUAACAACCCUCCCAAAGAGCCUCAGCCUAAAAGAGUAGAAGAGGUCUACAGAGCCUUGAAAAAUGGACUUGAUGAGUACCUGGAGGUUCACCAGAUGGAGCUGGAGAAGUUGACAGCUCAGCUAAAGGAUAUGAAAAGAAACUCCCGCCUGGGUGUGCUUUAUGACCUAGAUAAGCAAAUUAAAACAAUUGAGCGAUACAUGAGACGCCUGGAAUUUCAUAUUAGUAAGGUAGAUGAGCUCUAUGAAGCUUAUUGUAUUCAACGACGCCUCCAAGAUGGUGCCAGCAAAAUGAAGCAAGCCUUUGCCACAUCCCCUGCCAGCAAGGCUGCCAGAGAGAGCCUGUCAGAGAUCAAUCGGAGCUACAAAGAAUACACAGAGAAUAUGUGCACCAUUGAAGCCGAGCUUGAGAAUCUACUGGGAGAAUUCUCCAUCAAGAUGAAAGGGCUGGCUGGCUUUGCUCGCCUCUGUCCUGGAGAUCAAUAUGAAAUUUUCAUGAAAUAUGGUCGGCAGAGGUGGAAACUGAAAGGCAAAAUCGAAGUCAAUGGCAAACAGAGCUGGGAUGGAGAAGAAACCGUCUUCCUGCCCUUGGUGGUUGGCUUCAUUUCUAUCAAGGUCACAGAGCUCAAGGGACUAGCAACGCACAUCCUGGUAGGCAGUGUAACCUGUGAGACCAAAGAGCUGUUUGCAGCCCGCCCUCAGGUGGUGGCUGUGGACAUCAACGACCUGGGCACCAUCAAACUGAAUCUGGAAAUCACCUGGUAUCCCUUUGACGUGGAGGACACCACGCCUUCCUCAGGCACUGGGAACAAGACAGCUGCUCUCCAAAGGCGGAUGUCCAUGUACAGCCAGGGCACCCCGGAAACGCCCACCUUCAAAGAUCACUCUUUCUUUAGAUGGUUACUUCCUUCACCAGACAGGCCUGUGCGGCUGUCUGUCUUGAGUGCCUUGCGAGACACUUUCUUUGCCAAGCUGCAUCGCAGCCGCUCUGUCAGUGACCUGCCCUCCCUCAGCCUGAACCCCAAGGCCCUGCUAGAGUUCUAUUCAAAUCUACCUGAUGACAUCUUUGAAAAUGGAAAGGCCUCUGAGGAGAAAAUGCCCCUGUCUCUCAGCUUCAGUGACUUACCCAAUGGCGACUGCAACCUCAUCUCUAACUCAGCCGCCUCUCCCUCCAGCUCAUGCUCAGCAAACCCAGAAAUCACCAUCACCCCUGCAGAGCUUCCCCCCAGCAGCCUGUCCUCCCAGAACGAGGGUCUGGAAGACAACAGCUCAGCAUCUUCCAGAAACUCCUUGGGAGAAGACCAAGAACCAAAGUGCCACCCAAAGGGAGAUACAGAGGAAUCCAGAAAGCCCACCUUAGCCAAAGGUGCUGGUGCCCAGCGCCUGUUCAUGGAGAAUGACGUGGCCCAGGCCCUCCUGCAGGAGUCAGAUGAGGCUUCAGAACUCAAGCCCGUGGAAUUGGACACUUUUGAAGGGAACAUCACGAAGCAGCUGGUCAAGAGGCUCACGUCGGCUGAGGUGCCUGUGGCUGUGGAGAAGCUGCCCUUCGAGGGCUCUGUCAGUGGGGAAUCGGAAGGCUGUAGAUCCUUCCUGGAUGGCAGCUUAGAAGAUGCCUUUAAUGGGCUUUUCCUGGCCCUGGAACCACAUAAAGAGCAGUACAAAGAGUUUCAGGAUCUCAACCAAGAAGUCAUGCACUUGGAUGAUAUUCUAAAAUGCAAGCCCACAGGAAGCCACAGCAGGUCUUCCAGCUUAAGUCUGACGGUUGAAAGUGCAUUAGAAAGCUUUGAUUUCCUGAACACCUCUGAUUUUGACGAGGAGGAAGAUGCUGAUGAGGUUUGUCACGUUGGAGGUGCUGACUCAGUGUUUUCAGACACUGAGACUGAGAAAAACAGUUAUAGGUCAGUUCAUCCGGAAGCCAGGGGGCAUCUUAGUGAAGCACUGACUGAAGACACAGGAGUGGGGACCAGCGUGGCAGGAAGCCCUCUCCCACUGACCACAGGAAAUGAGAGCCUGGACAUCACCAUUGUCAGGCACCUACAGUACUGCACCCAGCUUGUCCAGCAAAUUGUUUUCUCCAGCAAAACCCCAUUUGUGGCAAGGAAUCUCUUGGAGAAGCUUUCUAGGCAGAUUCAAGUGAUGGAGAAGCUGUCAGCUGUCAGCGAUGAGAACAUAGGGAACAUGAGCUCAGUUGUGGAAGCCAUCCCAGAAUUUCACAAAAAGCUGUCUUUGCUGUCCUUCUGGACCAAGUGCUGCAGCCCAGUUGGAGUGUACCACAGCUCAGCUGACCGAGUGAUGAAGCAGCUGGAUGCCAGCUUUGCCAGAAUUGUCAACAAGGAUUAUCCAGGGCUUGCAGACCCAGUGUUUCGGACACUGGUAUCCCAAAUCUUGGACCGGGCUGAGCCUCUGCUUUCCUCCAGCCUCUCCUCAGAAGUUGUCACCGUUUUCCAGUAUUACAGUUACUUCACAAGCCAUGGUGUAAGUGAUCUGGAGAGUUACCUGAGCCAGCUGGCCAGGCAAGUUUCCGUGGUUCAGACUCUUCAGUCAUUAAGGGAUGAGAAGCUGCUGCAGACUGUGAGUGAUCUUGUUGCCAGCAACCUCCCGGCCCAGCAGGAAGUGCUCAGGACUCUGGCCCUGCUGCUAACCAGAGAUGACAACGAAGUCAGCGAGGCUGUGACGCUCUACUUGACAGCCGCCUCCAAAAACCAGCACUUCAGGGAAAAGGCCUUGCUCUAUUACUGUGAAGCACUAACCAAGACCAACCUCCAACUCCAGAAGGCAGCUUGCCUGGCCCUGAGAAGCCUUGAGGCUACUGAAUGCAUUAAAAUGCUGGUGACAUUGUGUCAGUCUGAUACCGAAGAAAUCAGAAAUGUGGCCUCUGAAACCCUCUUGUCUCUGGGAGAAGAUGGGCGGCUGGCAUAUGAACAGUUAGACAGAUUUCCUCGAGACUGUGUUAAAGUUGGAGUCCGACAUGGAACUGAAGUUGCCACAGCCUUUUAAUUACAAGUUAACUCUACCUAAACCACUGUCCAAGUUUCUGGCCCUUAUUGUUUUGAAGGUGUUGUGGUUUUGCUGGACUGCACCUAGCACCUGAGGUGUUCUGCUGAGUUGGUCUGGAAAUGUGGUUUACAGAAAGAAUUCAGUCCAGUUUCACAGUACCUGUUUUCUCUUUGGCCAUUAGCACAGGGCUAUGUAUAAUUAAGUAGAUUACACUGUUGAUUAUUGUCUGACAGUUCUUAAAUCUUAUUUUGUCUGAAUACAAAUGGAAUUUGAAAAUAGCCAUCUUUGAACUUUUGGGGGGAAGUACUACUCUAAGCUUGAAACCAUCAUGUGAGAUUUCAGUGAAUAUCAUAUGCUUUGCCAGGUCUUCUGGGUUGUGUUUUCAGGGUUGAGUGCCCUUGUAGCUACCUAAUUUCACUUUAAUUACGAAGCACAAAGAAAGUUUCUUCAAAUAUUGUCUGUCAAACCCAACAAGAUAAACCAUUGUUGAGAGUAGUUUGGCGGGGGCGGGGGCGGGGGGGGGCAUAUUUUACUUGUUUAAGCUCCACUACUUUUUUCUCUUAUCCUUAAAAGUUCCCCAGUCAUCUUAACAUUGUAGUUUUUUUUUUAAGGGGAAAAUAGGUAAUGAAAAACUAUCUUAUUCAGAUUGAACCUACAUCUUUGAGACAGUCUAUGUAGCUCAGGCUGGCCUCAAAUGGACAAUCCUCAGCCUUGUGAGUGCUGGAAUUACAGGUGUCUACCACCAUGCCAAGCUCC